AUGGCCCUGCUUUCAUCACCUGCAUAUGACUUGCACGAGGACCACUCGAGGCGCCUUGCGGCCAAGUCAAUAUCGAACGAGCUUCGUUCGUCUCUUCCCGCAGAGUUCUAUCGCUCUCCUGCAAUCUAUCAGCUAGAGCGAAGAGCCAUCUUUUCGAAAAGAUGGUUCUUGGUCUCGCACAAAGCCCGCAAUCGCAACGUCGGCGACUACGUCCAGUACGAGAUGGCCGAAUAUAACUUUUUCCUCGUAAAGAACAAGUCUGGCGAUAUUGUUGGGUUCCACAACGUGUGCAGACAUCGAGCUUUCCCUCUCUUGCAAGAGCAAACGGGGACCGCCAGAAUUUUCUCCUGCAGGUACCAUGGAUGGUCAUACAGCCUGGACGGAGCUUUGACUAAGGCACCUCGUUUCACGCCAGAGGCAGUACCGGACUUCGACCCAUCUGCAAUCCACCUGUUUCCUGUCCACGUCCAUGUGGACAGAAAUGGCUUUAUUUACGUGAACCUCGAUGCUCGCCCAGUGCCAGAGCUGGCCUGGGAAGAGCAAUACGGAGAUCUCGAUACUCAGGCCGCCCUUCAAAACUCAGGGGUCGACUGGGACAAAGUCGAGUUUGACUUUUCGUGGUCGAAAGAGGGACAUUUCAACUGGAAAGUUAUGCAGGACAAUUUCAACGAGUGCUAUCAUUGUGCGACCGCACAUCCAGAUGUCCUCGCUUCAACUGCCCUCGAUACAUACUAUGUCGAACCCAGCAGCAACUACAUUCCACACUUUUACGAGCCCCGGCGAGACAAGAAGCCCGGCACAAGCAGCUACGACUACAAAGGCGCCUCGGCGACCCAUGUGUUCCCGGGUGGGCACUUCUCACUGAGUCCCGGGACCGGCUUUAUGCACAUGAUGCGCAGCGUGCCGAUUUCGCCCACGACGACUCGGAUGGAAUACGACAUCUACAAGCUGCACACCCCGACCGCGACAUCGGAGGCAGCAGCGGGCGUCCUCAAGUUCUACCAAAAGGUCAUCGACGAGGACUUCGAACUCUGUACGCGGGUCCAAAGGAGCCUCGAUCGAGGCAUCUACGAGACCGGCCCUCUCCACCCCUUUCACGAGGAAGGCGUGUUCGCGUUCCAGAGAAUGGUGCUGACGGCGCUCAAGGACCAUCUAAGGCUCGAGGACGAGCUGGGCAAGGAGGUUUGGGCGGCAAGGCCCAGCGGACAGACAGGCGGGGCGGAUGGCGUGCAGGCGUGUGAGGAAAUGCUGGGGUGUGCCAAAGGCACUCUGAAAGCGAUAGAAUGGUGA